ACUACUGACCUCAGAUCAGCUGCUGCUUUGAUACUGCAGCCUGUCGGAGCAGAAACUGAUCACGUGUCAGUUUUCCUGGUGUUUUUGUCUCGUUGUAAGUAACAGCAAUGGAUGGAGGGGAGGAGGCCAACAAGUGGCAUCAUGUCACUUCAGGAGGUGGGGGGGGGGCUAUGACGUCACGCACCCUACCAGGUUGCAUCCUGUUGGGGGGGGCAUCCAAAUUCCUCAGCUUUUGUCGGAGUGAAGCACGCAGGAAAGAAAAAGAGAACCCCCCCACCCACCCCACCUCUCCUCUGCUCCUCCUCCUCCGUCUCUGCAUCACAACACGGAGCUCCAGCGGCGGCAGCAGGAGGAAACUGAGCAGGAACAAUAAGCUGAGAGGAGUCACUGCAACGUAUGUCUGUCUGUCUGUCUGUCUGUCUGUUAGUUAGUUUCCUCUGAGCUAACCGGGCCGUGAACGCAGCUCCCCGGAGCAGGCAGGGAGGGAGACGGGCAGAGGGAAGAUGUCCUCCCCGCAGGUCUCCUCGUCCCGCAGACAGUCAUGUUAUCUGUGCGACCUGCCCCGCAUGCCCUGGGCCAUGAUUUGGGACUUCACCGAGCCAGUCUGCCGGGGAUGCGUCAACUACGAGGGCGCGGACCGCAUCGAGUUCGUCAUCGAGACAACCCGCCACCUGAAGCGGGCUCACGGCUUCCAGGAGGGCAGAUCCCCCGGCGGACCGCCUCUCCCGCCGCAGCAGCCCGUUGUGGCGAAGAGUCAGGCGGUGUUACUGACCGGGAAAGAGUCGGUGGGGCAGCUGAACCACCACCAGACGGACGGACCGGGGAAGCCUCAGCAGCCCGCUUUGGACCGAUACUCGCUCGGCGCAGAGAGCCGUGCUCGGUUUGACUACGGCGGCCACAGCAGCAGCAGCAGGUUGCCCAACGGACUCGGAGGACCGAACGGGUUCAAACCGGACGACGGACCCCCCGAGCUGAACCGACAGAGCCCGAACUCGAGGAACAGGGGCAACGGCGGGCUGGUGUCGGCACCGGGACAGAUGAAUGUACCGCCGAACCUGCUGCCUCAGACCCAGCUGAACGCACCGGCCCCGCACGGCACAGCGGGCAGGGCUGCCCUACAGGGCGCCACGAUCGGUGUGUCACUGUCCGGCCAGGUGGGCCUGUCUGACCCCGGAGGGAAGCGGCCCGCCUCGGUCUCCAGCACGGACCAGGAGCGGGAGCUGAAGGAGAAACAGCGGAAUGUGGAGACUCUGGCUGAGCUGAGCGAGAGCCUCCGCAGCCGGCAGGAGGAGUGGGCAGGCAAGCCGAAGAUGGUGAGGGACACGCUGGUCACGCUGUCCGGCUGCACCCCGUUCGACGUCCGCUUCAAAAAAGAUCACGGGCUGGUCGGCAGGGUGUUCGCCUUCGACGCCGUGUCCAAACCCGGCAUGGAGAACGAACUGAAGAUCUUCAUCGAAUACCCGAGCGGCUCCGGGAACGUGUUCUCCAGCGCCUCGGGGGUGGCCAAGCAGAUGUACCAGGACUGUAUGAAGGACUUCGGCAGGGGUUUGUCCUCCGGCUUUAAGUAUCUGGAGUAUGAGAAGAAACACGGAUCCGGGGACUGGCGUCUGCUGGGGGAUUUAUUACCCGAGUCUCUGCGUUUUUUUAAGGAGGGUGUGGGGGAUGAAAUGUUGCCGCAGCCCUACAUCGACGGCAGCUACCCGCUGCUGCCAACCUCCUUGGUGCUUCCCGGCCGAGCGUUGGCGUCAGGCAGCGGCAGCUCCAGGGCCGGUGCGAGGAAGAGGAAAGCCUCCCCGGAGCCCGACUCUGCAGACGGCAGCCUGAAGCUGGCCGAGGAACAGCAGAGGCAGCAGUGGAUCAACAGUCAGACCGAAGCCCUCAAACUGUCCAUGGCUGCUGGCUCUUUCGCCGGGCCGCCUCCUCCGCUCGGCUCUGGGCACCCCGGACGCGCCACGCCCCCGGAGUCCGCCGCAGCACCACAGAACGGACAGUCCCCGAUGGCCGCGCUCAUGUCAGUCGCGGAUACGCUCGGGAACGCGCACUCCCCCAACAAGGACAGAGACUCGGUUCACUCCACCACCUCCUCCUCCAGACACAACAGCAGCAGCCCGCUGUCCCCCGCCUCCGUGUCCGGGCAGAGGCGCCUCUCCUCCCGCAACGGAGACCUCGGACUGUCGGCCACGUCGCAGUCCUCAGGCGGCAUGGAACAGGCGCACGCACAGAACGUGCCCGACUCCCCCAUGGCGAACAGCGGACCUCUGUGCUGCACCAUCUGCCACGAACGCUUAGAAGACACACACUUUGUACAGUGUCCCUCCGUCCCCAACCACAAGUUCUGCUUCCCCUGCUCCAGAGAGAGCAUCAAAGCCCAGGGGGCCUCCGGGGAGGUGUACUGUCCCAGCGGGGAGAAGUGCCCUCUGGUGGGCUCCAAUGUGCCCUGGGCCUUCAUGCAGGGGGAGAUCGCCACCAUCCUGGCUGGAGAUGUGAAGGUAAAGAAGGAGAGAGACCCCUGAGGAUGAUGAGGAGGAAGAGACUCUGAUUAAUGUGAGAGCCAGUGCUCCGUGUGACUUCUAACUUUGUGUCAGUGGUGUGAGAGAACCGACCAGGGUGGGAAGCUGAUAGCUGAUCAAUACUGAUUAAACAGGUGGGCAAAGUCAGAACUACAGGUUAUCCCACAACAGAAACACUUGAAACUUUAAAUCCAGGGAGAAUGAGGUAAUGACACC